AUGUUCACGUCGUUCGCCGCCCGCCUCCCCAACGGCCUGGGCCACGCGGCCCCCAGGGUGUCUGCUCGCCUCUUGGGCCAGACCCGCCUCCUGAGCAGACUCGCGGUGGACGGCAGCAAGGGCAGAACUAUGCCCGCGAAGAACACGAGGGCCACUGCUGCAGCGUCUGGUGUUGACGCCACCUUCACUAUCAGAGAUGGCCCUGUGUUUCAGGGCAAGGCGUUCGGCGCCAACUCGAACAUCUCGGGCGAGGCCGUCUUCACGACGUCCCUCGUGGGGUAUCCCGAAUCCAUGACGGAUCCCUCAUACCGCGGCCAGAUCCUGGUGUUCACCCAGCCUCUGAUUGGCAACUACGGUGUGCCCUCGAACGAGCGCGAUGAGUACAAUCUCCUCAAGUACUUCGAGUCACCGCACAUCCAGUGUGCUGGCGUUGUUGUUGCCGAUGUGGCUGAGCAAUACAGCCACUGGACCGCGGUCGAGAGCCUGGGCGAGUGGUGCGCCCGCGAGGGCGUCCCAGCCAUUUCCGGCGUUGACACGCGUGCCAUUGUCACGUACCUGCGCGAGCAGGGCUCCUCGCUUGCCAGGAUUUCGAUUGGUGACGAAUACGAUGCCGAUGAGGACGAGGGUUUCAUCGACCCGGGCGCCAUCAACCUGGUCAAGCGUGUGAGCACCAAGGCUCCGUUCGUCGUUGCUAACCCCAACGCCACCUUCCACGUUGCUCUGAUCGACUGUGGCGUCAAGGAGAACAUCCUGCGCAGUCUGGUCAGCCGCGGCGCAUCGGUGACCGUCUUCCCCUACAACUACCCGAUCCACAAGGUUGCCGACAACUUCGACGGUGUCUUCAUCUCCAACGGCCCCGGUGACCCGACCCAUUGCCAGGAGACGGUCUACAAUCUGGGCCGCCUGAUGGAGACGUCGUCGGUGCCGAUCAUGGGCAUCUGCCUUGGCCACCAGCUUUUGGCUCUCGCAGUUGGCGCCAGGACCAUCAAGCUUAAAUACGGCAACCGUGCGCACAACAUCCCGGCGCUGGACCUGACCACCGGUCAGUGCCACAUCACCAGCCAGAACCAUGGCUACGCCGUCGAUGCUAGCACCCUGCCGAGCGAGUUCAAGGAGUACUUCGUCAACUUGAACGAUGGCAGUAAUGAGGGCAUGAUGCACAAGACCCGUCCCAUCUUCUCGACCCAGUUCCACCCUGAGGCCAAGGGUGGUCCGAUGGACAGCGCGUACCUGUUCGACAAGUACCUGGAGAACGUCGAAAUGUAUAAGGACACCUCGAGUGUCUACCGUGACAACAGGCCGUCGCAGCUGAUGAUCGACAUCCUCAGCAAGGAGCGCGUCGGUGUUGAGCCCUCGCCUCUGGCUGCGAACGCUGCUUGA